GCUGCAGCUCGGUGUGACGCACUGUGGGCUUCAUUCUCCUUUUUCCCCCUCAGUCGCCAACUUCUCCCCCACCCGCGUCUGUGGGUUUCCCCUCGGAGGGAGGGACGCGCUAGAGCCGUGUGAGAGUGGCUGCAGGCGUGCCAGGCAGAAGUUGUUCUCCCUCCUUACUGUUUGAUGCAAUGUCGGCUCCAACUCGGCUUCUUUUCCCUCUGAUUAGAAACUGUGAAUUUGGCAGAAUAUGCAGUUCUGUAUGCUACUGCCACCACAAGCAUCUUUGUUGCUCAUCAAGCCACUCUUCGUUAAAACUAGGGUCAGAUACGAGGCACGUAUCAGCCUUUCACAACCCCAGAUGUGCUCAAGUGAGGAGAUACGUAACUACUCCGCAAAGGUUUUACCUCACCCCGCCACAGGUCAACAGUAUUCUCAAGGCCAAUGAAUACAGUUUUAAAGUUCCAGAGUUUGAUGGAAAAAAUAUCAGCUCCAUCCUUGGGUUUGACAGCAACCAGUUGCCAGCAAAUGCUCCAAUUGAGGACCGGAGAAGUGCAGCGACAUGCCUACAGAGCAGAGGGAUGCUGCUCGGUGUAUUUGAUGGACACGCCGGUUGUGCUUGUGCUCAGGCCGUCAGUGAAAGACUCUUCUAUUACAUCGCGGUUUCUCUGCUGCCUCAGGAGACUCUGCUUGAAAUUGAAAAUGCGGUGGAAAGUGGCCGAGCUUUGUUGCCCAUAUUACAGUGGCACAAGCAUCCAAACGAUUAUUUUAGUAAGGAGGCUUCAAAGAUGUAUUUCAAUAGCUUAAGGACCUAUUGGCAAGAGUUGAUUGACCUUAACACGGGUGAGACUACUGAUGUAAAGGAAGCGCUUAUUAACUCAUUUAAAAGACUAGAUAAUGACCUUUCUUUGGAAGCACAAGUUGGAGACCCAAAUUCUUUUCUGAACUACUGGGUCUUGCGUGUCGCUUUUUCUGGAGCUACCGCUUGCGUGGCUCACGUAGAUGGGGUAGAUUUGCAUGUUGCCAACACGGGUGACAGUCGGGCGCUUCUUGGUGUCCAGGAGGAAGAUGGGUCAUGGUCAGCAGUGACAAUGUCUCACGACCAUAAUGCUCAGAAUGAAUCAGAAAUAAUAAGAGUCAAAUCAGAACACCCGAAGGAGGUUAAGACUAUCGUCAAACAGGAUCGACUUCUUGGAUUAUUGAUGCCAUUCAGAGCUUUCGGAGACGUAAAGUUUAAAUGGAGCAUUGACCUCCAGAAACGUGUUGUAGAGUCUGGCCCAGAUCAACUCAAUGACAAUGAGUAUACAAAAUUUAUCCCUCCUAACUACCACACCCCUCCGUAUUUAACUGCUGAGCCAGAAGUGAUAUAUCAUAGGUUACGACCAAAGGAUAAAUUUCUCAUUUUGGCUACUGACGGUCUUUGGGAAACCAUGCACAGGCAAGAUGUGGUAAGAAUAGUAGGAGAGUAUCUAACAGGAGUUCAUCACCAGCAGCCUCUAGCUGUAGGAGGCUACAAAGUCACUCUGGGACAGAUGCAAGGGUUAUUAAUGGAAAGAAGGGCCAGGACUUCUUCAAUGUUUGAAGAUCAAAAUGCAGCCACCCAUUUAAUACGUCACGCGGUGGGCAACAAUGAAUUUGGAGCUGUAGACCACGAGCGUCUGUCAAAAAUGCUCAGUCUGCCAGAAGAAUUGGCCCGGAUGUACAGAGACGAUAUUACAAUUCUAGUGGUUCAGUUCAACUCACACGUCAUUGGAGCACAUCAGAAUAAAGAUCAGUGACAUACAAUAUGCAUGUAUUACAUAUAGCUACCAAAGUGGAAGGGGUAAAGCAACUUGAUCUUUGAAGGAAAACAUAAUUUCUAAGAAUAAUAUCCCACGUGCUGAUGCAUUUACAGUUGCUCAAGAGUUGAAUGCCCGGAUCAAUGCAGAACAUGUUUAAUAACCAAUUUUAUGCAGUUUUGGGACUGUUUUUCUGAUGUAUUUGCUCCACGUGUUCUCUAUGCAGUUGCAGCACUUAUUUAAUGCUCAUUAUUUGGAAACAUGACUUGGGGGAGGGGGAUCCUUUGCAAAAUUAGGCUUUUGUUGGGGAAUAUGGCAAACUACAAUCUUCUGUAUAUUGUGGUUGUUUUUUCAGUAUCUAAAGUAUCUGUCUGCUGCACUGUGUGCAAUAAACAACCCUUAGUAUGAACUCCAUGCUUGCAGAUGUUGGGAAAGUUCCUGCAAAUACUCCAUGUUUUUUUCUAUGUUUGCAUAUCCAAAUCCCAUUCUUUUGUUUCUUGCUUCCUUGCAACUCACUAUUUUAGGAUGCUGAUAGUACCUACGUAUAAUUAUCAGCAUCAAGGAGCAUGAUCUUGAUUGGGAUGUGUCUUCCACAUUUAAGCAUGGCCGCUGUGUGAACCAUUGAAAGGUUAAGAUGGCACAGUUAGUGUCAGACACUUUGUAUGAGAAGGUGAAUUGUGCUUGAACAGUUUCCACAAAACUUCACACAAAUGUGACCGGUUACCUGUCAUUGCUUAGAGUUCUCUUUGAAGGUUUUAUUGCUCCCCACAGCUUUAGGGCUGAACAAUUAGUGGUAGAUACAUUGGUUGUGCAUAGAGGCUUUUUGGGAUUGGCUGAUGGUAUUCGGUUCGUCCAGGCAGAAGGAUUCACCGAAUCCACUAUUUUGGAUUGGGCCGAACCCCCAAAUCCUUUGCGAAAGAUUUGGCCGAAUACCUAACCAAAUCCGAAUCCUAAUUUGCAUAUGCAAAUUACGGCUGGGAAGGGGAAACAAUUUUAUUUCUUUGUUUUCUGACAAAAAGUCACGCAAUUUCCCUCCGCACCCCUAAUUUGCAUAUGCAAAUUAGGAUUCAGAUUCGGUUCGGCUGGGCAGAAGGAUCCUGCUGAAAAAGGCCGAAUCCUGGAUUCGGUGCAUCCCUACAAUAAACAGGCCUGGUUAGGGGUGUUGGACUGUGGUUUGGACUGGGCGGGGGGGGAUUUGACUUUAGAAGGUUUCCUUUAAAGCUUGACUUAAGUUAACUUUUAGUAUGUUCUAGAAUGCAACUGCCUUCAUUAUUUAUUUGAUAUUGUUUUUUGAAUUUGCCUUCUUCUGACCUUCUCGGCUUUUAAAUAGGGGUCACUGACCCCAUCUAAAAAAAACAAAUGUAUCGUUAGUGCAUGGUUACUAGGGUAAUUUGGAUCCUGGCAACCAGAUUCCUGGAGAGCUUGCUGAAUAAAAAGCUAAAUUCAAAUCCACAAGUAAU